GUGGUCGAGAUGCGUGCUACUGCGCCGAGCGUACCGGGUUCCGCACUCCGUGAGGCUGGAGUGCGACAUUCCGAUGUCUGACGAUCGGUGGGAGCGACAGGGAAGGCGUGCUCGGCCCCUGUCCCACAGCUGGGCAAGAUCGUGGGACUGCCAUCUGCACUCGCGCACCUGCAUUGCACGGUGCCUCGCAGAGCGGUUGGUUGCUCGGCCUGGAGUCGGAGCGUCUUGAAGACCUUCGAGGGCGUGAGAAUUUCCGCAAGUUCAGGACGCAAUUCCACAUCUACCAUCCAUUGUGCCUGGCGCUCGUCUAUUUUUGUCUCCCCGUCUGCUGUGCCGCGUGUUCUGCUGCCGAUUUGCGAGCGAGCGAGCGCUCGCCGCUCUUGAUCUUUUUCUUUUUCUUCUCCUUCGCACGGAAUUGCCUUCGGGCGCAUGAUUUGUGGCGCACGGUGUCCGUCCUUGCCUUCAUUCGCCUCAGCGCCGAGACUGCGGAUUUGGCCGUCGUUCUUGUGUAGUGCCCGCCCUCGCUAGCUUUUGUAAUUGGAACUUCUUGCCAUCACCUCUCGAUAAGAUUCUGGACAGCAAUUUGCAUUUUUCUAGCUCCAUGGAACGUUGCUCUUGAUCAUCUCUGUUUGGGGUAGAUUUUCUCGUGGACAUGGAUUUUGCGGCCCUCCGACAUUGAGUUCCGGACGACGUGAAAUAUUUUGCUGUCAAUUAUCAGUGAAUUUCCAUGAAAGAACUGCGAAGAGUGGACGAGUCACCUUCAGCAAAUGUGGCACCAUGGAGUGUAUGGAUUGCUGCUGCGAGUUGACAGGCCAGGGAUGAUGAAGAAGUGACAGCCAAAAUUAUCUCAACCGGUUGCAUCGGCAAGUUCAAGUGAUGUCAGUUUCACAGGGAGUCCAUUCAUUGAAUUACACGACAAAUAUGCCUGGGAUGAUUAUUUCGAACCAGUUGAGUCUUACCAACCCAGUUGCUGUCUUCAAGAAGUCCUACUCAAUCGCUGGUGGAGAUGCUAAGCUAGAGAAGGAAGGGAGUUUCAAAUUGAUAAAAAAUCUGGCACGGUACCCAUUCAGCAGUGUAAAGACUUCCAAGCAGUCAGAGCCAGUAACUUGUUCGACAAAUUCAGUUUCGAAUCGAAGUUCGCUUGCCAAAAUCAACAAUCGCACGUCACCUCUCAAGCAGUCAACAUCGAAGGAACCAAUAAGGACUCUAAUUUUGGACAAUUACGACAGCUACACCUACAAUUUGUACCAGUUGCUCUCAGUCAUCAAUGGAGUUGCGCCAGUCGUGCUGAGGAAUGAUGAGGUAACCUGGGAGGAACUUUGUCAUCUUUUGUACGAGAAACGAGCUUUCCACAACGUUGUUAUCUCUCCUGGGCCAGGUUCACCGACGUGUGCUUCAGAUAUUGGUGUGUGCCUUGAGCUUUUGAAAGAAUGUUCCGAUAUACCAAUUCUAGGAGUUUGUUUGGGCCAUCAGGCUCUAGGGGUCGUCCAUGGGGCCAAAGUAGUACAUGCACCCGAGCCGGUGCAUGGCCGACUCAGUGAAACUCAGCAUAAUGGGCAUCCACUGUUUUCAAAUAUCCCAUCAGGAGCAGAUUCAGGCUUCAAGGUUGUUCGUUAUCAUUCUCUUAUGGUGGAUGCCUCCACUUUGCCCGACGAUUUGAUUGCGACAGCUUGGAUUACCUCAUCAAAGGAAUGUGAAUCUGUAUCUGACGGUCUAAACACCUCUAGCAAUGCACCUUUCACGGAAAGUCAAGUGUCAUGGCGAAGCAAAGAGACGCAUGGUUAUUCUAGUUUUUUUGAAGAUAAUGCUAGCAAUAGUCAAACAAUUCCUGAAGAUUCUUUUCAGGAGUCAAAUGGCAAGCGGACAGCCAAGGUUUUGAUGGGUAUAUCUCACCGACAUUGGCCUCAUCAUGGUGUUCAGUUUCACCCUGAGAGUGUGGCAACGGCAUAUGGCAAACAAAUUCUUGAAAAUUUUCGGAAUAUAACGGUUGAGUUUUGGGAGAAACAAUCACGUCGACCUAUGAUCACGGACGAUUUAUUGCACGCUCCUGGUUCGCACAAUUUUUUGUCUGCUGGUCUCAACGCUCUACAAAGAGAAAACUUGAAAGACAUCUGGAGCGAAGUUUCUCAUUCAUCAUCUCAAGGAUGUAACAAAAGCACCAUUGACACGGAGCCAGUAAAGAAGAAUAAUGAAGUAGGAAGUUUUGAGCUUUUGAGGCUACAUUGGAGAAAGCUCCCAGGUAUGGCUGCAAGAGUUGGCGGCUCGAGGAAUCUUUUCUGUAAGAUUUAUGGGACUGAGGCCGUUGAGGAUACUUUCUGGCUGGAUAGUUCAACUCGGGAUCAGGGCAGGGCACGGUUUUCCUUUAUGGGAGGAAAGGGUGGUUCGUUGUGGCACCGGUUCACGUAUCGCAUUGGAUGUCCAGCCAUAGAUGACAGAUUACCCGGCGUUUUAAGGGUAGAGAAUGUUGCAGGGCAAGUCAAAGAGACCGUACUACAGGAGGGGUUUUUCAACUUGCUGAACAAGGAGUUGGAGCUGCGAAAAUGUCCCGAAGAAGAUUAUGCAAGCCUGCCAUUUGAUUUUUGUGGAGGUUUUGUAGGAUAUCUGGGGUAUGAGCUCAAGCUAGAGUGCGGGGCAGCCUCAAACCGCCACAGGUCGUCAAUGCCUGAUGCGGGCAUGUUCUUGGCAGAUCAAUUGGUAGUUGUCGACCAUGCCAAUGAUGAUAUUUACGUUCUAGCUUUGUAUCAGGAAGGUGUCAUCGGAGGGAUCCCGGAACCUUCUCUUUUGGACAGACUCAGUCCUUCAAAUCAAAAGAUCGUAACUGUAUGUGGAGUGGAAGACAAACAACAGAGGUUGUCUAAAGGCUCAAGUGUUUUGCAUACACACGAGGUUCAGAGUAACGCAGUUGAGGAAGGUGACAAUUGGGGAGGAUUAGAAUCAGAGCGGAGAGGAGCGGAAAGGUGGGUUGAGAAAAUUGUUAGGAAAGUAACGGGUUUAGGUCAGCAGUCUCUCGAUGGGAGUAAGAUGAUGCAUCAUCUCAACCUCGUCUCUACUGUCAAAACUAGAGACGGAGACAUCAAUCCCGCUUUUAUUGCUGAUAAGUCGAGAGCUGCAUACAUCAAGGAUGUCAAAAAGUGUCAGGAAUUGAUCAAAGACGGGGAGACCUACGAAGUUUGUCUAACCACACAACUUAGGAAAAAGUUCACCGGCGAGGAUUACUUUGGUCUCUACCUCACAUUACGGGAGACCAACCCUGCCCCCUAUUCAGCUUGGAUGCAGUUUGGGAAAGAUGGUCCUUGCAUUUGCAGUUCUUCUCCCGAACGUUUCUUGCGGUUGGACAGGAGGGGUGUUUUAGAAGCUAAACCCAUAAAAGGAACUGUUGCACGAGGAAAUACUCCAGAGGAGGAUGAGAUUCUUAAACACAGUCUUCAACACAGUGAAAAGGAUCAGGCGGAAAAUUUGAUGAUUGUGGAUCUUCUGAGAAACGAUCUUGGACGAGUAUGUAAACCAGGAUCUGUACAUGUCCCAAGUCUCAUGGCUGUUGAGUCUUACUCCACCGUUCACACGAUGGUGAGCACUGUGAGGGGCGAGAAACGAGAGGAUAUGACUCCCGUCGACUGUAUCAAAGCAGCGUUUCCUGGAGGGUCGAUGACAGGAGCACCUAAGUUGAGAACCAUGGAAAUUAUUGAUUCUCUAGAAGGCUCUGCCAGGGGCAUCUACUCAGGAACUGUUGGGUUCCUAUCAUUCAAUUCUUCUUUUGAUCUGAACAUAGUUAUCAGGACACUUGUAAUUCAUAAUGGCGAGGCAUCUUUAGGAGCCGGAGGGGCUGUGAUUGCUCUCUCCGAUCCAGCUGCUGAGUACGAGGAGAUGGUCUUGAAAGCAAAAGCUCCCAGUAAGGCAAUCAGUAAGUUUGAAAGUGCUCAUGUGACCACCGAACAACUAGGAUCUAUAAUGCCUCUUGGAUCUUGAUCCAGUGAGCUGGUAUUGGAGAAGCCAGAGGGUCCCACUUUAAACUCGGGAUGAACGAAGUGGCUUACGUGAUGCAACAUGGGUGCAUCAAAAGUUUGAUAGUAGAUUAGGUAGAUUCGACAUCAUUCCUAUUGUUUCUGCUCAACUUAGUUCUGUCCAGUCUUAGCAAGUGGGUCGAAUUGGCCACACUCACCAUCAAGGCCCACAUGUGCAGAGAGACGUUCAAAGCAGUAAGUGAGCCAAAUUUUGUACAAUAUUAUGAGAUGGCAGCCACUCAUUCAUGUUAGUGGUCGCCCGGUCACCAGAGAGCUUCUCUCUGUUUCUAUUUCUCUGUGUGGCUAAGCCACGACCAUCAAUUGAGGCUAAACGACGCCUUU